GUCCCCAGUUCCCUCCCCGCGCCCCGCCGCGUCCCCGGAGGCGGCGUGACUCGAGAGUUGCCGGCGCUUCUCCGCGGUGUCCCCGGCCAGUCUGGGCGCGGCGAACCGAGCGAGGCAGGUCUGAGCCGCGCGGUGGGCGGCAGCUCGGAGUCCCGGCUGCAGGCUGCGAGUCCGGAAGGCAGCGGCCCCGGCGCGGGGGCGACGCUGGCGAUCGUGAUGGAGAGCGAGUCCGUUGGACUGUGUCUGCCAGUGGAGAUGAAGCGGUGACUGGGUGCCUGGUGGCGGCGGGUCGUGGCGCAGCUGACCCGGGGGAGCCCUCUGGAAUCGCGGAUGGAGGAGCCGAGGUGAAGGGAGCCCGGCCUUCCCGGGAAUGAAUGGGGAGCUGUGGAAGCGCCUUCCGACUCCGGCUCCGGCUCCGGCUCGGGGAGAACCUACUGGGCGACUGCGCGCCAGUGUGUGCGUGUUAGGAUUCGGAGCCGCCUGGGUCGAGGCACCUCUGUUUGACUGCCGGGUCGCCGUCAGAGUGCCCACGGUUGCUUACCCGGGAGAGGUUGGCGUAGCUGGAACAGCGGGUAUAGAUGCCCAAGAAUCAGGCUCGGUUGCCGGCUGCCAGCCCUAGAUGCCGGCUCCCCAGGAAGGCAGUGAGGCUGGGGGCUGGGACCGGCUCCUGCGGGAGGUAGGCUUCCCGGUCUCUCCAGGGGCUGGAAUCCUCUGUGACAGCUGGGCUUCGUCGCCAUGUUCUCCUCGGGUAAUCGGACCUUUUUAAGAGCUUUCUCUCCACGAAGAGGAAACAUUCCAAAGGAACGCAGGAUGUAACAGUGGAAACUCUCACGGGCAACUCCGCGGAUGGCGAGCCAGCCCGUCGCUCCAGGACGAGACCAUGAGCGCUCCUGAUUUGUGGCGUGUCCCCAUGCUCCCCAGCGACACUGCUCCUGCUCGUGGUGUGAUGGGGAAAACCUGAGGGACAGGCAGAAGCGCUCCCGUGCUCACCACGGCCUCCCUGGUGCGGUGGCUUCGGUGGAGCGUGACGACUGGAGCUCACGUCCCUUGGUUGUGUCUCAGAGCCGAGCCAGAGCAUGCGCUUCCUCAUUUCCCGGGGCGUGGGCUCCUGCUGUUUUCCUGUCUGCCUCUGCUGUAACCACAGACGCCCCCGAGGUUUCCUGGCACUCCGGGGGCUCCCCAUGGCUCGCUAAGCCAGAGUCCGAGGGCUCUACCAUGAGGCACUGCAUCAAUUGCUGCAUCCAGCUGUUACCCGACAACGCACACCAACAGCAGGCCAGCUGCCGAGGAGGCCCCCACCAGGGUCACCAGGCGUGUCCCGCGUGCAAAGGAGAAAACAAAAUCCUGCUUCGUGUGGACAGUAAGCAGAUGAACUUGCUCGCUGUUCUCGAAGUGAGGACUGAAGGGAACGAGACCUGGGGCGGGUUUCUGCGCUUUAAGAAGGGGAAGCGAUGUAGCCUGGUGUUCGGACUGAUCAUAAUGACCUUGGUGAUGGCUUCGUACAUCCUUUCGGGGGCCCACCAGGAGCUUCUGAUCUCGUCUCCUUUCCAUUACGGAGGCUUCCCCAGCAACCCCAGCUUGCUGGAUGGUGAAAACCCAAACGACAUGAAAGAGCAUCCUCACCAGCCCCCUGUAAACAACGUCUCCUACGCGAAGGACUAUCCGAGCAUUAAACUCGUCAUCAACAGCAUCACGGCCAGGAUCGAGUUCACCACCAGACAGCUCCCAGACUUGCAAGACCUCAAGAGGCAGGAGUUGCAUAUGUUCUCAGUCAUCCCCACCAAGUUCCUGCCAAACAGCAAGAGCCCCUGCUGGUACGAGGAGUUCUCGGGCAGGAACACUACCGACCCCUACCUGACCAACUCCUACGUGCUCUACUCCAAGCGUUUCCGCUCCACCUUCGACGCGCUGCGCAAGGCCUUUUGGGGCCACUUGUCGCAUGCGCACGGGAAGCACUUCCGCCUGCGCUGUCUGCCACACUUCUACAUCAUUGGGCAGCCCAAGUGUGGGACCACCGACCUCUAUGACCGCCUGCGGCUGCACCCGGAGGUGAAGUUCUCGGCCAUCAAGGAGCCACACUGGUGGACCCGGAAGCGCUUCGGAAUUGUCCGCCUUCGAGAUGGGCUGCGGGACCGCUACCCUGUGGAAGAUUACCUGGACCUCUUUGACUUGGCCGCACACCAGAUCCACCAGGGACUGCAGGCUGGUUCAGCGAAGGAGCCAAGCGAGAUGAACAAAAUCAUUAUCGGGGAGGCCAGCGCCUCCACCAUGUGGGAUAACAAUGCCUGGACCUUCUUCUACGACAACAGCACAGACGGGGAGCCGCCGUUCCUGACCCAGGACUUCAUUCACGCCUUCCAGCCAGACGCCAAGCUGAUUGUCAUGCUCAGGGACCCCGUGGAGAGGUUGUACUCCGACUACCUCUACUUUGCAAGUUCGAAUAAAUCCGCGGACGACUUCCAUGAGAAAGUGACAGAAGCGCUGCAGCUGUUUGAGAACUGCAUGCUGGAUUACUCGCUGCGCGCCUGCGUCUACAACAACACCCUCAACAACGCCAUGCCUGUGAGGCUCCAGGUCGGGCUGUAUGCCGUGUACCUUCUGGACUGGCUCACGGUGUUUAGUAAGGAACAGUUUCUUAUUCUGCGCCUGGAAGACCACGCAUCCAACGUCAAGUACACCAUGCACAGGGUCUUCCAGUUCCUGAACCUGGGGCCUUUAAGUGAGAAGCAAGAGGCCUUGAUGACCAAGAGCCCUGCGUCCAAUGCACGGCGUCCAGAGGACCGGAACCUGGGGCCCAUGUGGCCAGUCACGCAGAAGAUUCUGCAGGACUUCUAUGGGCCUUUCAAUGCUAGGCUGGCACAGAUCCUCGCUGAUGAAGCAUUUGCAUGGAAGACACAGUGAGACCUUAGUCCUGGCGGCAGGCACAGGACUCAGCGACUCUGUCUUUGCCAUGACUUGAACUGUCUCUCUUGGGGGACCUGUUUUACUCACAGUGUGGAGAAAACCUGGAGACUCCAUCUUCUUUUCCCCCUGAGACACCUGUCAAUUAUAACCAUUCUAGAAUUUCCUUUGUGAUGCUCAGUAGCUCAGCCCUUGACCCCACAGAGAUCCUCCUGAGGCCACUGGAAGCUGCACAUGGGCAGGAAUCCAGUUCUGCUCCAUGAGCACCCAAGAGCCCUGGGACCGGCAGGCUUGCGACACGUCAGGUGCGGUGCAGAGAGGAGGCCUGGGGAGGCCCCAGCCCAGUCCUGCUCAGCCACCCCCAGGAGAGUCCGAGCGCAGGGUCCGAGAGUCCUGGGAUCCGAUGGAGCACACCAGAGCUCCUGCCCUGGCUGACCAGCACUUACACGUCACGUGCUCCCCAGCAGUUUUGCAAUACUCUUCUUUGGAUCGCUCACCCUGUCUGCGUGGAGAACCCAACUUCUUUUGAGAAUGGAAGCUCUUUCAUUUUUGUCCUUUUUACUCCCAAGUCAGCUCUUCAGUGACAUCAGAAAUAAACCCAUCACUGUUUCCAAGAGAAAAAAAGAAAAAGUUUUUGGCAGCUGUUCAUCUCUCCAACCUCCCAUUCCGCCCUGUAGACUUUAUGUUUAACUAGAAAAUGAAUGAGUUAACAAACCACUUCCUGCAUUUGACUAGCCCUCUCCCCUGCCUCUUUAGAUGUUUUCUCAAGAAAUUCAGUUUAUAUUUGGAAGGGGAAUUUUUGCUGAAUGCCAGAAUCAUGCAUCCUCAAGGAGCUGAACACUUGGUUGGGUCUCGGUGACUGAAGUCCUGAGGCAUGCAGGGUCCUCGGAGAACUCAAGGAAGCUCAAGUGCUCUGUCUUUGCUGGCUUUCGAGGGGCGGAGCCUCUCUGGAAUGAGUUCGAUAUCCUCGUUCUCCAGCUCCUCUCUCCUUAGGGGCUGCAAGAUUCUGGUAUCCUGAUUCGGAAACUCAAUGCACAAGCUGAACAUGUAGAAUGCUGGAAUUUGGAAUGAGAUUGCUAGGAGCUAUGUUCCUAACGGAAUUUUCCAGUGCUCUUGGCAGCUAGGUUUACAGUGGAUGGGCUGAAGGUCUUGUCAUUUCUUGGAAGUCAUGGGGAAGGCUGGAGAGAAUGCUUGGGCCCGCUUGGCACUCAGCACCAGGUGGGACAAGGAAACUUUGCCCCCGUGUUGUCAAGGGAUGCUUCCUGUGAACCCAUGUUCUCGUGCUGAGGUUCCAUGACCCGAGUCAGAAAGUGCAAACACUACAUACCCAACUCACUCGUGUGUGAGGCGGCUGGGCUUCGGUGGCACCCGGAUCUGCGCUUGCUCAGCUAUCUGAUCCUCUUGCCGGCGUCUUUCUGCCGCUGCAAAAGGGGUGCUGAGCCCACUGCCCAGUGUGCGGCUUGCUCUCAGCACUGCUGCGACCGGGGCUGGUUCCGCCACCGAGGGCGCCGUGUGUCCUGAUCGCCACUUGCCCAGACAAUCCCCCCCUUUCUCUUGCAGCGGGGAAGUCUGGCCCGAGCACAGGGAUGCUUUAGGGAGACAUCACUUUGAGUGUGUGUGUGUAUUUAUUUGGAAUACAGAGCGUGUGCGCGUGUGGGCGCGUCUGCUGAGUGGAUUCCCUGCAGUCCUGCUGCUGACCAGGCUCCUCCGCUCUGGACAUAAUGCCUUUACAGAUUAAUUUCUCUGCCAAUUAACUUGUCAUUUCCAAUACAUAUUUUGCUAUUCAACGUCAGCCAUGAUUUCAACGAGGGGUUUUUCUUAUGCACUCCUAUGCAUGUGAAUAACAUGUGGUGUAACUCUGCUUCUUACAGAAGUAUUACCAAGGUCUUAUUUCCAAUAUUAUUUGGUUCAUUACCGAUCUCUUUUAUAUAUGCAGGCCCCCUUUCUGUGCCACCCAGUGCCAUCCAGACACGGUUUCUCCUCCAGGCCUCUCUCGGGAGGCCACACUGUUGCCUUUGCUUUCUCUCCGUCGAGGCCUGGCUCCUGUUGACAGUACCGAUGCCACUUUUGGGCAGUGGCUCUCUAGCCCGUCACCCCAGACCAAAGCGAAACGGAAGGUUCCUCACGACCUGGUAUUGAAGACGCUGCGCACGUGUGUGUGUCCACCGUAGCCCUUGGUUGUGUGAGGCAUCGCAUGAAUCACGGCGAUGUACUUAUUAAUAUGUGACAUGAUUAAAGAUGGACCCACGUGACUGGUUCCUGCCCGCAGGGCG